ACUCCUCAGGGUGUGAAUGAGACACAUCCGCGCCACCCCAGGGCCUGAUGUAACAUUAGCGAACUGAGCUCGCGACAAAUGGCCGUCUGCUUUCUAUCUCUGUGUGGGAAAAAAACAAUCCAUCUGGGUAUUUUACCGACAAAACUGUGCAGAGUCAGGACCCGUAUUGGCUUCUCAAGCACUGCUGCGGAGAGGCGCACUACAGGAGAUGACUGCCACAACGAUGAUGGUGAUGAAGAGCAAAGUCUCAAUGUAACGCAUGUCCGGAUGUUAGAGAUGAAAGCCAACAAGCUGGAGGAGCAGGUCCGGGAUCUCACUCAACGAUACAAAAGGGCUUUGGCUGACUCGGACACCGUUCGGAGAAGAACUCAGAAGUUUGUGGAGGACGCAAAGACCUUUGGAAUUCAAAGUUUUUGCCGUGACCUAGUGGAGGUGGCAGACCUGCUGGAUAAAGCUGCAGAAGGCGUGGAUGUAGAGGGCACUCAGAAUCUGUCCGAAAUAAAGAACAAACUGCAACAGGUGUUUGCCAAGCAUGGGCUGGAGAAGAUGAGUCCUGUGGGUGGCACAUACGACCCCUACCAACAUCAGAUAGUGUGCCAUACCCCAGCUGAAGGGUUCGAGCCUGGCACCAUAGCCACUGUGAAGCAAGACGGUUACAUGCUGCAAGGGCGCACUAUUCGCCAUGCACGUGUGGGGAUCGCUGUGAAAACACAGGACUCUUGAUUUCACUUUUGUGUUGGCCAUACUCUUGUCCUUUUUCUGUUUUUCAUCUACGUUAUUAAUCCCCAAGGGGAAAUUUGGGAAUAUGUAUGUGUGCACACAUAUAAUAUAGCAAUUUUGAUUCGCUCCCUAAGACCCUGUUCACGCUUGAUAUUAACAUUUGAUUCAGAUGAUCGGAACACAAACGGACGACGUUAAGUACAAGUGUGAAUGGGGUCAGAUGCGUCUUGCAGAGGUGCCAAAGUGGCCUGAUCCGGCUCUGACCACAUCAAAAGGCUCCGUAGUGUUGCCAGGUUCACCAUUUUCACGCUGAAUAGAGCUACCUUUUGAACUACCCAGACAUGCUUUUGAUGCAUGUAACAGGCUGAUUUUUUCCCAUGGCUUUUGCGUGUUACUUUCUUUAUCUUUCUUAAAUCUCUGUAUUUUAAAUGUUCAUACCAGCCACGCAAAGUCUCCUCUUACAUGCAUGCACCUUCUUACCAUUCUCAACAUAAGCUCCAUUCGUCAAAUGUGUCGGUGGAUUGGUUUACACAUUCACACUGCUGGAAUUUUUUUUUUUUUUUUUGGUGACAGUGUCAUAAUAUGAGAGAAUUUUAGCACCUUGGUGCAAAAUCUGAAUGGGGCCUAUGAUAAUUGUUCAUUUAUGUAGUUUACAAUAAGGUUUUUUUUUUUUUUUUUUUUUUAAUUUAUUUCAGUCUACAGUUUUUUUUCUUGAAUAUAUUAUUUUGUUAGAUUUUGUAUUAUCCCUUUUUUUUUAUAAAAUGUUUUUUUUUUUUCAUGUGGUUCAUUUAUUGUUUACCGGAAUCGGUAAUGAAAAUAAGACAGCAUUUGUAUAUAUGAGGACAUGAGGCCAACCAUACUGAAAACUAGCUUAUAUUUAUUUGUAUCUUAAAUUUAAUCUAGUGUCACUCACUGGACCUUGUUUUUGGGAAAAAUUUCAUUUCCUUUUGUGUUCCCAUGGAAUUAUCAAAAUGUUAAACAUCCCCUUAUUAAUAUUGACACAAAGGCUUUGCACUGUUAUGAUAAUAUUUGUAUUUUGGAGAAUAUUUCCCCUUUAUAUGAUGGAAGAACAAGGACAAAAUGAGUAAUGAUGGUUUACUCAACAUUUGUUGUUGAACAAACUGACAAUUUGGAAAAGUUUGUGGUUUCGUGCCUUUAAUGAUAGAUCAGCAGUGUCAGAAUAACAAACUUCAGCAUUUCCUUGUUUAAUAAUUGUCGAGCUUUGAAAUGAUGGUGCACCUUACAUUGGUAUAUGAAGUUCACACGAGGUAGAGAGGAACUUGUCUGAUAUUUAUAUUUGAAGUCAUGCAAAAUUUAAGUUUUGUGAUUUGUGUAGUUCACAAUCCAGUGUGAAUUAGACUUUUGCUUGAAGUUCAAUAUGGGAAAUUUGUAAUUUGUGUGUAUGAUAUCAGUGAUGUAUGGCAUGUUUAUCAAUCAUUAUUUUUGUUAAAAUAAUAUUAAAAUGUAAAACAUUGUGUAA